UAGAAAGAGUUUUCCGUGCUUUUCAUUAGUUUUUUUUCCACGUUAAUAAAAAGUCAAAACCUUUGUUAGUUUUAAGUAGUAUAGUUAGAUUGGGGUUCGCGUUUUACAUACCUACUCACCGACGGACACGCAGUUGCACAUACUCGAAUAUUGUAUUAGGAGCCAGAAGCAGACAGACGGGCGGUCAUGUACAUACAUACACUCAUAUUUCAUUUGCCCACAAUUACACAUACACACAUAACGUUUGAGAUUAGGUGUAUCACUACUUCUAAUUUUUGUAAUUUUAAGUACAUAUAAUCAUUUUUUCAUAUUUUACUUUGUAUUGUAACCUAAUACGAACGCCUUUAAAAUGACAAACAUUCAGAAUAUAGAAAAUGUGGCCGACUGCAGCCCACUAUACCUGCCACAUAGCUUGUAUCUCAAACCGUUAGCGAAAAUGGAAAUCUCCGUUGCAUUGCCAGCAAUUAAAACGGGGAAAUCCAUAUCAAAUUUAGAGAUAAUGGAUAAACUGAGCGCUGAGCUCAAGCCGGACAAGUUUCUGGUCCUGAAGGUCUCUAAGAGCACCCUAAAUUACAUACGCUUCGAGGCCGAGAUGGAACAACGCAAACACUUGCGUGUAGCCAUUGAACGCCUUGAUGGUGCAUCUUUGCGACUGUCCAGCUUCAGUGAAUCGUUCCGAGUUCGCUGCACCGAGGCGAAAGAUGAGUUCCCUACACGCCAUGACUGGGACUCAUACUUUCGUGAUGCCCGAAAUAUGGACGAGAUGAAGGCUGGAGAAAGACCUGAUACUAUACACCUGACACAUUUGCCCAUUCGCUGGUUUUGUCCACGACACUCCGAGCAUGACGAGAACGUAAAACCGAGCGAAAGCAUUUUCAAGCGCAUUUUUGAAAAGUAUGGACGUGUGCGCGCUGUGGAUAUACCGAUAUGCGAUCCGUAUCGCAAGAGCAUGGGCGCUGAUAUCAAUGGCAUGAGAACCUUCAGCUUUGAGCAGGAUGUGCUUUUUGAAGCGUAUGUGCAAUUCGAGGAAUACUCUAGUUUUGUUCGAGCAAUGGACGAAAUCCGUGGCACAAAAUUGGUGCGGAAAUUUUUGGACAAAACUCAAGCCAUAAAUAUUAUUGUGAACUUUGAUAAGGAAAAGCAUCUCAGCGAUUCGCACAUACAGCGACGUGAGCGCAUCCGUAAAAGAAUGAUUCUUAAGGCGCAGGCGGAGGACGAGGAGCGGGAACGGAAGAAGAAACAGGAGGCGGAGCAGUUGGAACGUGAAAGGCAAAAGCAAGAACAAUUGAAAUUAGCCGAAUUGGAAAAACAGCGAGAGCGCGAAGAGAAGCGCAAAGAAAAGCAUCUGAAAAAGAUCCAGGAGCGCGGUCAGGUUGAAAUAUCACAAAAGAUACGCAUCGAGGAGCGUAAGCUAAUGAUCGCCCAGCGCAAAUUAGAAAGCAUACGCAUACUAGAGCAGGUUUUUGAGCGCAUUCAGCUAAAGGAGAAAUCAAAGCAGCGGUCACGUCAUCAACACGACAAGCAUCAUGAUGACUCGAAAGAUUUACAACGCGGCCGUCUGGUGGAAAAGUAUAAAACAGCCACCGAGAAGUUGGUUUGUGAUCAACGCAAAAUCGUGCAAGAAAUUAAGAGCAAAACCCCAUUAAUGGGACUGCUGAAGAGCAAGACUAGAAAGAGCAAUGCCAACAAUAGCAGCAGCGAUGACGAGGAUGCAGAGGAUACCACCAAAAAACACAAGAUUAAGAAUGGCACCUCCAACUCAAAUGCUGGAGAACAGGCUAAUGUAGCAGGAAUUGGAGCUGUGCCACCAGUUCCCGCAGCUGCUGCACAACAGGUCCUGAAUCCCUUCAAGGCUGUGGCUGCUCUCGCCGCUGGCGCUGUGCCUGCUGCUGCCACUGCUGCCUAUACCGCUGAGGCAGCCAACGAGUGGAUGCAGUCGCUGUCUAUGUUUGGUUAUGGCAUGCCAGGUGUGUUUCCUGGAGCUCUCUAUCGUCCACCGUUACCUUUCCCGGUCUCGAGUAACUAUCGCGGCUUUGCACCACGUGCUCGUGGACGUGGUCGCGGCCGUGGUAGCCGAGGCGGACGUGGCGGUUACGAUGGCCACUCUUCCUCCUAUUAUAACCCUCGCCAUUACGAUGGCGAUCGCUAUGAUGACGACGAGGGCGGAGAUAGUUACUAUCACAGAUCGAACAGAAAUCGUUCACGCUCCAGCUCCUAUUCACGCAGUCGUUCGCGUUCCCGUGGACGCCGACGCUCUCACUCUCGUAGUCGGAGCCGUUCGUAUUAUCGCAAGUCUUCAUAUUCAUCCCGUUCAAGACGUAGUCGCAGUCGUUCGCAUUCGCGAAGUCGCAGCAAAACUCCAGCGCAACGCAAUAAUCGCAAAUUGGCGUCCACACGCCGCUCACGUUCAACUUCGUACUCACGUUCACGCUCACGGUCGCAUUCAUACGUUCGCUCCAAACGAUCCACUUCAAGAAGCGGAGGCAGAAACCGCCGCAGCCGUAGUCGUAGCAGUCGAAGAAGCAGUCGCAAUCGAAGCACUUCAUCCAAACGUCUGGUUCUGGAAACGGACAAGCUUGUCCGCUCGGCCGAGCAUAUUCAACGCACCAUAGAGCAGCAUACCAAGGAUCGGAUGCGUGAAGAGGAACGUGAGAUUAAGCAAAACUUUCGCCAUCGAGGAAAUAGUUCCAACAAGCUCUAUGAUAAUCACGUGGAUGUUGAGGUGCCUGAACAAUAUGAUACUAUAAAGACGAAAGAUACGGACAAAUCAGGCAAUGCCAGCGAACGCUCUGAUAGCCAGAGCAAUCGUAAAAGCCGCCGAAAUUCCCUGGCGGCAUAGUUUAUUGAUUAUUUAUAUAUUGAUUAUUUGAUUAAAAAUGACUAUUAUUCUCAGUUUUGUUCGAACAAAUAAAUUUUAAUGUUCCAACUUCUGUGGAACAUUGAAAACCAA